UUAAAGAUGCAAAAUGGAAAUGGAUCAGAUUCACGACUGUUUUGCCCACCACUCAGAACAAUGGGUGUAUCUUAACAAGGGCCAGAAUUUUGCUGCUUUUCUCUGUCCAUCUCACGAAAUAGUGUACAGUUUUGUCAUUCGGAAGAAUGGCCAACUUACGUACAUGCGACAACGUAUGGCGUUCUGUGAAGAAGUUUUACUUCGAAUCUUUCCAGAAAUCGUCAGGUUCGAGCCAGAUAAUUUUAAAAUCGCGAAAACGAAUUCUAUAACUAAUUUGGACUCUGUGCUGCAACUCCUGGAAAGUAAAAGUAGUGCGACGAUUACAAACAGAAAAGAGUUUGCUGUCAAUAUCAACCUGAGUACUUGCGUUUACCGAAAAACAGUUGAGCUGCGGCCAUUUGAAUGUGUCUCAGCGAAAUCAUCAGUUUUCUCCGUGGAACUGAAACCGAAAUGUGGAUUAUUCAACAUUGAAGUUGAUGAUAAUUUUCCGGAGCUCAGCUCUUUGACAAGACAUAAGCUGCUUCUAUUCAAUCGUAUGAAAGGUCAUGAUAUCAAAAUAGACUACUUAUAUGAUCCGGCGGAAUUGUUUUCAGGCGAUUCUCAAACACAAGUUGAUUGUGUAUCAAAUCUGAUGAAGCAUGGAUCGAAAUAUUUGAAGCUUUAUUUUAACUCGUGCAGAAUGGAUAUAGAUUCACUUCAAGAUGAGAUGACAAAUGACUCUUCGUUUAGAUUUUCAAUCAGCGACCUGUCAAUUCUUAUUGCUGAAGCUCUAAGAAACUCUGGCGUUUUGAAUCUGCUCAGAAAAUGGCAGAUUAUGGGGACGAUUUCUGUGAGUAAAGUUAGAGACAUUUUAAAAGGAGACCCAUUUCUAGUGGAAAGUCUUGAACACUCAUCUGUUGACUAUGGUUGCUUCAAGACGUUAAUAAAAAAGCUUGAAUUAGUGAAUUUGGAGAAGAAAUCUGAUAUGGUUAGUUUCGUGAAAUCUUUGGAUUCUGCUGAUUACGUCCGUUUGUAUCUGCUUGGAGCCUCGGGAGCAGACGUCUCGGUGUUUCUCAGUUUUAUAAAUAGUCGUGACUGUGUUAGUCAAGUUAUCAGUGAUGAUAUUUCGAAGUCCAGAAAUAUCGCUAUGAUUGAACUGAAAGGGUCAAAGCUGUUGUACUCUUGUAAUCUGAUCGAUGUUGAUUUCAAAGGAGCCAAGAAUAUCGAGAAGCAGUUCAAUGAGCUUGAAGGUGCCGCAAAAUACUGGAGGCGUGUAUAAUUACACGCAUUGUAAAUAUAAACUCGGCUUAAGUAUUAUAUCUCGAGUUCGAGACUGCAAAUUCGAACUGUAAGUUGAAUUUUCCUCUCAACUAGCUGAAGGAAAACAGCGGAGUCUAUUUUGGUCGAUGGAUCUCCCUAGGACUUGUCUCAUUUUGGCUUGCCUCUGUUUUUGGCUAGUUGAGUGUGUUGAGCAUUACUUGAUGCAAAGCUGGAAUCUGUAUCGGUCUGAUAACCCUAAAGAAGUUUAUACGAACAUUACAAUUCCCACAUACGUGCAUCUAGAGCUUCUUUCACGUGAUAUUAUUGAUGAUCCUUAUUUUGGAUUCAACGAUUUGAACUACAGGUGGAUUCCGGAAUCAAACUGGACGUUCUGGUUGGAGUUUGAUGUUGGUUUUGGCACCGAAGCUGAUGAUAACAAUUUGUUCUUGGUCUUUGAGGGAAUUGACACCGUUGCAUCUGUGACCUUGAAUGGAAUUUCAUUAGGAGCAACAGACAACCAGUUUCGUUCAUGGGUGUUUCCUGUUGAUUCUCUGAGUAGUUCGGGUAAUCUUCUAAGUGUCGAAAUAGCUUCUCCUGUUGACUAUGGAGCUAUACGUGCUAAGCAGUAUCCCUAUCUAGUUCCGCAAGUGUGUCCCGUUGAAAGCUACAGAGGCUUUUGUUACUUCAACUUCAUCAGAAAAGAUGCAUCUUCAUUCAGCUGGGACUGGGGACCUGGAUUUGCUCCUCAGGGUUUGUGGAAGCCUGUAUACGUUCGAGUUGUUUCCAAAAAAGACAUGCCAAUCAAAGGUGUGUCUAUCAAUCUCUUCAAGAGUGCUUCUCGAUGGACUGUCAACACUUCUGUAUUUUCUCUGAACACCUCGUUUCCUGGGUCCUUCAUUAAACAUUGCAGUGACAGCCUGCUAAUUACAUUUUCAAUUAAUGCUCUCGAUUUACAGAUGCAAAGCAAAGCGGCUUGGUCCUCGGAUGGAAAUAGAAUGACAGCUAGUUUCUUUGUUCCGGAAGAACUUCCUGUCAAACUCUGGUGGCCGAACGGUUUCGGAAUGUCAAAUAUGUACAAUGCUACUUUUGAGUUGUCUUGUCCUGCCUACAAAAGCAGCUUUUAUACUACAAAAAUUGGCUUCCGAGAAGUUGAAUUGGUCCAGGACCCAAUAUUCGCUCAAAAUAGUACUCAAGCCGGGAAUUCAUUCUACUUCAAAAUAAACGGAGUCCCGAUAUUUGCCAAGGGCACGAACUGGAUUCCACCAGAUGCUUUCCAGACCAGAGUGUCGAAAGAGAAGUUGCGGUAUCUGCUGAACUCUGUUAAAAUUGCAAACAUGAACAUGCUUCGGGUUUGGGGUGGAGGAGUCUAUGAAUCGGAUGAGUUCUACGAUAUAACUGACGAACUUGGUAUAAUGGUGUGGCAAGACAUGAUGUUUGCCUGUUCUCUCUACCCCGUGGACGACCUUUUUCUAUACAAUGUAGAAAUGGAAGUGAAAGAGCAAAUAUACAGACUCCGAGGUCAUCCGAGUGUGGUGAUCUGGGCUGGAAACAACGAGAAUGAAGCUGCGUUGUCACAAAACUGGUGGUCGGUUCCAGAAUCCAGUCUUCCUCAGUUCAAGGCAGACUACGUAAAAUUGUACGUGCACACAAUACAAAAUGUUGUAACAGACAUCGAUAACUAUCGGCCGUAUAUUACUUCUAGUCCAUCCAAUGGCAUAGAGUCGAUCGCAGAAGGUUACGUAAGUUCAAAUCCUUAUUCGGAUUUCUACGGUGAUACACAUUUCUACGACUACAACACAGAUUGCUUCGAACUGAGUCAUUACCCGAUCACGAGGUUUGCUUCGGAGUAUGGUUUCCAAUCAUGGCCUUUUUAUUCUACCAUCAAAAAAGCAUCCUCGGAACAAGAAGUGCAACUUGACAGCACGUGGUUUAAUGAAAGAAACCACCAUCCAAGUGGAAAUGAAGAGAUCUUGAGUAACAUGAAUCGUCAUUUUGGAUACAAAUUCCCGACACUGUCUAAUACCAGCACAGAUUUUGAUUGGUUUGCAUAUCUCAGUCAGCUUGAAAAUGCACUCUGUAUAAAGACAGAAACGGAGCAUUACUUGAAGUAUCAAAAUGUUAUUGAUGCUUCUGGACGAGGGAACACUAUGGGCGCAAUGUACUGGCAGCUGAAUGAUAUCUGGCAAGCACCCACCUGGGCGUCCAUAGACUACUAUGGCAAGUGGAAGAUACUCCACAACUACGCAUUCCUCUUCUUCGAAUCAGUUCACGUGUUCGCACAGUAUGAUCUCACAAGCAAGGAUGUGUCGGUUUUUGUGUCUUCUAAUUUGAGAGAAUCUUUUGAAGCGGAAUUGCAUGUUUUGCUUCUCAGUGUGAAGUCGGGUAAACAGGUGAAAUCAUCUUCGAGUUAUCACAAUAUUUCUUCUAACUCUGCUUCGUGGCUUGGCCAGAUUGAGGUUUCAGAGUUCACAGAGGGCACUGAAUGCGCAUCUGAAACGCUUUUCUGUUAUAUAUACCUUCAACUUCUUCGAGAUUCUCAAGUUAUUACAACGAAUGAAGUAUAUUUCGAAGGAUUUGAUAACAAAUCGACGUUGCCAUGUGCAACUGUAGAAUUAGAAGGAUACAAUUUGAAUAGUUCAGAUGGCAUGGUUGCUAAUGUUUCUGUUCAGUUACGGGUCUCGAAAGUGGCGCUUUUCUUCUGGAUCGAUCAUGAACCAAAGUUCAUCGGUCUCUGGAUUGAUAAUGGAAGACAUCUGGCUGAUAAUUACGAAAGAAAACCAUCCGAUGAAGUCUUAGUGUCACGAGAAUUCAUUUUCUACAAACCCGUUGUUGCAGAUAAAGUGUCUGAAUUUAUAUCUGGUCUUAAAUUUUUCUAUUUGAAUAGUCACCCAAAUUGUAUCUAGCUUAAAAUUUUUAUAAUUAAAUGAAGAUGAAAUCUG